AUCAGAUCGAUGGCUCGAUCUCGAUUUCGAUUUCAAUCUGGAUCUCGGCUGUCAGUUCCUUACGAACCACCAACCAGUGGUCAACUACCCAAUCCAUGUACUUCUUCCCCACUGCCUUUUAUUGGUCCACCUGCUCAUUUUUCCCUAUUCUCUUUUAUAGUGCAAACCCUAGACAACAACAUAGUCCACAAAAUAUUGGUUACACUCCUCCUAUCACUCCCAGGCACUAAGCCUUCCUGCUGUUUUUCCUUAAAAAGCUUAAAGCCUGAAAAAUGGGUGAAGACCUGGAGAAGCCACUGUUGGGUCCUGAGAAUUUCAAUAGAGAAGGAAUUGAUCUGGAACGCUUACCGCUCGAUGAAGUUUUUGAGCAACUGCGUACGUCAAAAGCAGGACUUACAUCUGAAGAUGCAGAAGCCCGAUUGAAGAUAUUUGGCCCAAACAAGCUUGAAGAAAAGCCAGAGAACAAAAUUUUGAAAUUUCUCAGUUUCAUGUGGAAUCCCCUGUCUUGGGUUAUGGAAGCAGCAGCAGUGAUGGCAAUUGCUCUUGCUAAUGGCGGAGGGCAGGGUUCAGACUGGCAGGACUUCGUAGGGAUUAUUUGCCUGCUUAUAAUAAAUUCAACAAUUAGCUUUAUAGAGGAAAACAAUGCUGGUAAUGCAGCAGCAUCCCUCAUGGCUCGUUUAGCUCCAAAGACAAAGGUCCUCAGAGAUGGCCAUUGGCAGGAGCAAGAUGCAGCUGUUUUAGUACCGGGAGAUAUUAUUAGCAUAAAGCUUGGCGAUAUCAUCCCUGCAGAUGCUCGCCUGCUUGAGGGAGACCCGCUGAAAAUUGACCAGUCAGCUCUUACAGGAGAAUCUCUGCCUGUCACCAAGAGGACAGGCGAUGAAGUUUAUUCUGGUUCAACAUGUAAGCAGGGAGAGAUAGAAGCCGUAGUGAUAGCAACUGGAGUUCACUCUUUCUUUGGGAAAGCUGCACAUCUAGUUGAUUCCACUGAAGUUGUUGGUCAUUUCCAGCAGGUUCUUACUGCCAUUGGGAAUUUCUGCAUUUGCUCCAUAGCUGUGGGGAUGAUUCUGGAAAUCAUUGUCAUGUACCCCAUACAGCAGCGUUCAUACAGAACUGGAAUCAACAAUCUUCUUGUUCUUUUGAUUGGAGGAAUACCCAUAGCCAUGCCAACAGUAUUGUCUGUUACACUUGCAAUCGGUUCUCAUAGACUCUCUCAACAGGGAGCCAUUACGAAGAGGAUGACGGCAAUUGAAGAAAUGGCUGGAAUGGAUGUCCUAUGCAGUGAUAAAACCGGAACACUUACCCUGAAUCGCCUAACUGUUGAUCGGAACCUUAUUGAGGUUUUUCAUAAAGAUAUGGAUAAAGAUACGGUUGUCCUGCUUGCUGCAAGGGCAUCAAGAAUUGAAAACCAAGAUGCUAUAGAUACAGCCAUUGUUAACAUGCUUGCUGAUCCAAAGGAGGCACGGGCGAACAUAACAGAAGUGCAUUUCUUACCUUUCAAUCCAGUGGAUAAACGCACUGCCAUUACCUACAUUGAUUCAUAUGGCAACUGGUAUCGGGCCAGCAAAGGAGCUCCUGAACAGAUUCUGAAUCUCUCCGAAGAGAAAGAAGAGAUUGCUGGAAAAGUGCAUGCCAUUAUUGACAAAUUUGCUGAACGUGGCUUAAGGUCUCUUGGAGUCGCUAUUCAGGAAGUUCCAGAAAAAUCGAAGGACAGUCCGGGAGGUCCUUGGAAGUUUUGUGGGUUGUUGCCCUUGUUUGAUCCUCCAAGACAUGAUAGUGCUGAGACCAUUCGUAGAGCACUGAACCUUGGGGUUUGUGUUAAGAUGAUUACAGGUGAUCAGUUGGCAAUUGCGAAGGAGACAGGCCGACGACUUGGCAUGGGAACUAAUAUGUACCCCUCUUCAUCAUUGUUGGGGCGUCAAAGGGAUGAAAAUGAAGUUAUUCCAGUUGAUGAGCUCAUUGAGAAGGCGGAUGGCUUUGCUGGUGUAUUUCCUGAACACAAGUACGAGAUUGUGAAGAUUCUACAAGAAAAGAAGCAUAUUGUUGGAAUGACUGGAGAUGGUGUGAAUGAUGCACCUGCUUUAAAGAAGGCAGAUAUUGGAAUAGCAGUGGCGGAUGCUACGGAUGCAGCAAGGAGUGCUUCUGACAUCGUCUUGACAGAGCCAGGCUUGAGUGUGAUUAUCAGCGCUGUUUUAACUAGCCGGGCUAUAUUCCAAAGAAUGAAGAACUAUACAAUAUAUGCGGUCUCCAUAACCAUUCGUAUCGUGCUUGGUUUUAUGCUCCUGGCAUUGAUUUGGGAAUAUGACUUUCCGCCUUUCAUGGUCCUUAUUAUAGCAAUACUGAAUGAUGGGACUAUCAUGACUAUUGCCCAAGACCGAGUGAAGCCAUCUCCAAGACCUGACAGUUGGAAGCUUAAUGAGAUAUUUGCCACCGGUGUUGUCAUUGGCACUUAUCUUGCUUUAGUUACUGUCUUGUUUUACUGGGUUGCAGCAGAAACAACUUUCUUUGAGACCUGUUUUGGGGUCAGUUCCCUAUCCGGAAAUAGUGAAGAGCUUUCAUCUGCUGUAUAUCUGCAAGUCAGCAUUAUCAGCCAAGCUCUUAUAUUUGUUACCCGCAGUCAAAGUUGGUCAUUUCUGGAGAGGCCUGGGACCCUGUUGAUGGUUGCAUUUGUGGUGGCUCAAUUGGUUGCUACCGUGAUUGCAGUCUAUGCAGAAAUUAGCUUUGCUUCAAUUAGCGGCAUUGGUUGGGGCUGGGCAGGGGUAAUCUGGUUAUAUAGCUUGAUCUUCUAUAUUCCCCUAGAUAUCAUCAAGUUUAUAGUGCGCUAUGCUUUGAGCGGACAAGCUUGGAAUCUGGUAUUCGACAGGAAGACGGCUUUCACAUCUAGAAAAGACUAUGGGAAGGAAGAUAGGGAGGCUAAAUGGGUACUUUCUCAGAGAACUCUACAAGGGUUGAUGUCUGGAGAGUUGGAGAUCAGGGACAGGGGGUCUUCUAUGCUCGCCGAACAGGCCAGGCGUCGUGCUGAAAUAGCUAGGUUAGGAGAAUUACACACUUUGAGAGGACAUGUAGAGUCUGUGGUGAGGCUUAAGAAUCUUGACUUAAACUUGAUUCAGUCGGCUCAUACCGUCUAAAGACAUGAACUGAGAAGAUCGGCUAGUACAAUUUUCUAGUGAAAGACAAACGGUUGGUGGAGCAAUGAAAUUGGGAACAAUUUUGGGGAAAACAUGCCUUGGUGUUGCUGGAAAUGAUGUUGAAGAUCUUUAAAGUUUCAUUCUUCAAUUUAUUUUCGUAUUCCAGAGCAUCCAUCUGGAAUGUGCUUUUUGCAAAUAAACCAUGCAUUUUCUUAGUAUGUAUUGAUACUUUUUUCUUAUGAUAGACGGCUGGAAUAAAGUUUGGUAUUUUUUCA